CUGCAGGACUUGUCGAACCUCGUAAAGAAGCUCGCGAACGAGACAACUAAACCUCCCCCUCCCCGCGCGGACACCGCGCGGCCGCCCGUCAAAUCCCCUCGUUACAGCGACUUCGCUAACAACCCCGAAAACGACCUCUCUAAUAAACCUGCCGUCGCGGCUCCCGAUGCGCCGAGCAUUCCGGGUCUUCCGGCGUCAGUCGCGCGGCAGAUGCCAUGGCUGGCAGCGGCGAAGGCGCAGCCGGCGCAAGAUGCGGAGAGCGACCUUGAGGGAUUGAUACCCAAGGCGCGUUCCUCCCCGUCCAUGGCGAGACCCGACGACAGAACAGUGGUGCCUCGUACUGAGGUCAUCGCCAUGCGGUCGCGGCUGAACAAGAAGCUCAGCGAGUCCAACACGUACAACCGCUUCCUGCAGCGCGAGGUGCAAUACCGCGAGCAGGCACUGAGCGACUCCAAGGCACUCAUGAUCGCACUGGCGGCGGAAAUGCGGGAGCUGAGCGAGGUUGCGGAGGAGAUCGUGAAGACCGAUGGCUUGCCAGUCACAAGGAAGAUCAACGGUCGAUAUUUGCCGUCGCAUCUCAGCAACAGAUUGGAAGAGCUCUAUUCCGACCUGAGGCAGCAGCUGGAGGGAAUCGAGAAGCUGCGGCUGCGGGAGGUCCCCUUGGUGUGGUUUGGCAUGGCGGAGGACGUGAAGGUGAUGGGGUCGUUUGACGGCUGGACGUACGGUGAGCAGAUGUCUCCUGAGACCACCGGCACCAUGACUCGAUUCACCACUGUGCUCAAGCUGCGCCCUGGGAGGUACGAGAUCAAGUUUCUGGUGGACGGUGAGUGGAGAGUGGCGACAGAGUGGCCCACCGUGGGUCACGACACUGUGGCCGAAGAAAAGGCGGACGAUGGCAUGCCCAAGGCUACCACACCCACGUCGACAAGCUCGCCUACAUCCGGCCGUGAAUCCAUCCGCCCUGUUGUUUCUGUUGCAACAACCACCAAUCUUCGGGCUAACCCUGUGCUGCCUGACAGGGCUUCACUGAAAGCUAAAUACAAGCAGAGGAUGCUUAACUUUGCCCGUCCCGCAGGUCCUACCUUGCCCGCGCCAUCGGAGACGGUCCCGCCCACGACUCGUCAAUCCGCCGAUGACGAUUCGGAAGAAGAGGACAAGGGCAAAACCAAGGGACGUCGGCCGCUCUCUGUGGAAGCUGUUCAGCUCAAGUGUAAGGAGCAGUGGCUUCGCUAUUUCCCGUGGCUCUUCAUCAGUGAGACGAAGGACGGGCGACCGUGCAUGCGCUGCAGCGUCUGUAUGGUGUUCGGGGACCCGCACUACAAGUACGGCCGCUACGGUGAAGGCGGCCUCGACAUUCAGAAGCAGACGAUGCGCAAGCAUCAUUUCAGCGUGAAGCACGAGGCCGCGGUGCUGCAGAAGGAACAACGUGAUGGCCUUAAGAAAGGCCAGAAGUCCAUGACAACCUUCGACAAGGGUGACGACGACGCCAGGCGAAUUGCUCGAUUAAUGGCAAUCGCUCUCUUCAUCUGCAAAUCUGACGCCCCUAUUGUGCUUUUCGUUGCUCUUGUUCAAUUCAUGGCUGAGCAGGGCACGCCGGACAUGCCCUUGAAGGAAAACGGCACGUACUACAGCGAGGAGGCGCUGGCAGCAAAAGAUGCAGCAACCGCGUUCCCUGACCUCCAGAUUGUGGACAAGGCGGUCCGGUCUGUGGUCGACAUUCUCGGGCGCCUUGUGGUCCAUACGCGUUUCAAGGAGCUGCAAGAGGUCAUUUGCGAGACACAUUUGGAGAUGCAGGGCAUCAAGGACGUGAGGUGGCUUUCCCGAGGCAAUGCGAUCCAGCGACUCGUCGCGGUGUUUCCUGCGGUUGUGAUCGUCUUGCAGGAAUUCGACAAAAAGAUGUACGCGACAGUGACUAGUUUCAAAUUCCAUUUCUUACUCUACUUGCUUGCCGAUGUGUUGAAGGAGCUGAACCUGCUCAACUUGAAGUUCCAGCAACGACAGACGGUACACAACACAACACUCCUGCUGCGGACUCGUUACCUCGACAGCAACGACGAGACGUUCGGGCAAAGCGGCGCUGCGCUGGGUCCAUUCUUGGCAAAACAUGCCUCGGGGAAGUGUCGGGAGGUGAAGGUUGAUGGCCUAGAUUCCACCGGAGUGCCAACAACUCACCGCUACCUGCUGCACGAAGAGGCUAUCGUGGGGCAGCAGAGCAAAGGCGACCUCAGCUCCUGUUUGAAGCUCGGGCGGGACUUCGUUGUUGAGCUGAUUAAGCAGCUCGACUACCGACUGCAUGAUCUCGCGUCGCUCAAUGGCGCGAAGCUCUUCAAGAAGUCCCAAUACCCCAAGUCACAGGCUAAGCGCGAGCGACGGUUGGCGCAGUGGUUGCAGUCGCUGCGCGACAUGUACAAGAAGCAUCCCGAGGAUCCGGACACUCUGCCAGGUGUGUUAGGCGUAUUGUCGUGA